AUGCUCGCGGGCGGCCGCAAGGCUGCGGAGCGCCCGCUGAUCGUGCUGGUCGGAAGCAGCAACCCAGUCAAGAUCGCCGCCGUCGCCGCGGCCGUCCGCGCGUGCGGCCUCGCGCCCGCGACGCGCCCGCUCGAGGUCCGCGGCGUGCCGUCCUUGUCCGGCGUGAGCGACCAGCCGGUGGGUGAUGACGAGACGCUGCGCGGGGCCGUCAACAGAGUCUUGCACAUGCAGGCGUCUCAUCAGCCAUGCAGCGGCAGCAGCGGCGGCGGUGUCGGCGGCGGUGUCGGCGGCGGCGGCGGCGUAGAGUCAGAAAGUGGCGCCGGAGGGCCGCACCUGCUGGUGGCGAUAGAGGGUGGCGUGCUGUGGCGGCCGGCCGGGUAUGGCAACCCAGGCGGCGGCGGCGGCAGCGGAAGUGGGAGUCACCAAGGCGUUGGGGAGCUGUAUUGCAUGGCGUGGUGCGCCGCCAAGUCGCCGCUCUCAGGCACGAUCAGUAAGGCGCGCUCGGCCGAGUUCCAGCUGCCGCCCGCGCUGGCCGCAUUAGUCAACGAGGGCUUGGAGCUCGGCGCGGCAGACGACAAGGUGUUUGGGCGGAUGCAAUCGGGGCAGGGCACGGGGACGAUCGGCAAGCUGACCAACGGGCUCAUCACGCGGGAACAGUACUACACGCAUGCCGUGCAGAUGGCGCUGGUGCCCUUCUUGAACCCCGAGCUGUACCCAGGGGUUGCGGGUCCCCUCGAGCCGUGA